GGGAGGAUGGCGGAGGCCGAGGUGGAGCAGGCGGCCGAGGUGUGCCAGGCGCUCGGCCGCCACCUCAACUGCCUGGGCGGCGGCAGCAAGAGCUCCAGGCGGCGGGCGCUGGAGUGCAUCCGAGCCGAGGCGGCGGAGCGGCCGCUGCCCAGCGGCGUGCGGCAACGGGUGCUGGCCGCCCUGCUGCGGCCUCUGCUCGGGGCCCUGAGCGACCCGGCCGAGCGGUGCCGGGAGCUCAGCGUCUGCACCCUGGCCGAGCUGCUGCGCUCCGUGCCGCGGCCCCACGACGCGCUGCCCUACCUGCUGCCGGCCGUCGUGCAGCGCCUCGGCCUGCCCGAGUUAGCCGAGCCGGCCGAGGAGCUGCGCCUGGCCCUGGUCGAACUGCUGGUGCUGGUGGUCGAGCUGUGCGGCGCCAGGCUGGCCUCCUACCUGGACGAUAUGGUCAGGAUCCUGCAGAGGACCAUCGUCGACCCGUUCCCCGAGGUCAAGAAGAAGAGCUGCGAGUGUGCGGCCAAGUAUGCGAAAUGCACCCCCGAAACUUUUCACAUGCAGUCUGAAUCUCUAAUAAAACCAUUGAUGCAGACCAUCUCCCAUCAGCAUUCGAAAGUCCGCGUGGCAGUCAUUCGGACAACAGGAGCAGUCAUUCAGUAUGGCAAUGGAAAGUCUGUUGAUGAUGUUCUCUCUCAUUUGGCACAGCGUCUCUUUGAUGAUGCACCACUGGUACGCCAAGCUGUUACAGAAGUGGUGGGAAGCUGGCUAUUGGACCUCAGGGAUCGCUACUCAUUCUUCCACAAACUUAUCCCUCUCCUGUUGAGCAGCUGCAGUGACGAGAUAGCUCAAAUCAGGGAGUUGGCCUCUGAUUACUGGAGGAAAGUUGGACUCCAGUGGCAACAGGAGAAUGAGGAGGAUCUUAAGGAUAAGCUUGACUGGUCAGCUGAACUCUCUGUUAACUACCCUGCUGGUGUGGAACGUCCUGGACUUGGGUGCCGGGAGUUGGUGUUUCGGAACCUGUUCAAAAUUUUGCCGGCCGUUAGUCGAGACAUUACUGACUGGGUUCCUGCAACCCGGGUUAAAGCAUCUCAACUGCUGAUUGUGCUGCUGUUCCAUGCUGAGGAUCAUAUCACUCAGCACAUGCAGUUGCUGCUCAGUACCUUGUAUCGAUCAUGUUCAGAUGAAGAGAAAGCUGUGGUUCAAAACUCUGUGAAAGCAGCAGAGCUGAUUGGAACCUUUGUGGAACCUGAGGCCUCUUUGAAGUUGAUUGUGACAGCGCUUGAGAAAUCUGCUUGUACUGCUCAUCUUAUAGUCUUGGCUGCAGUGAUAAGAGGCAGCUCAGCAGAAGCACUACAUCCACAUCUGAUCAGAAUUGGAGCAACUCUAGCACUUCCUGAUACAUGUCAAGUAUCUGCAAAGGUGGAAUAUUUGGAACAACUGCUUCUGUGUGUACAGAUCUUAAUUACAGUAUGUGGGAAACAAUGCAGUGAAAUCAAUCUGCCGCUGCUAAAAGUGCUGGUGACAGUCGUGUCUAUGACAUCUGACCAAGAACUGAAAAACAAGGCGGAGAAGACAGUGGCUUCACUUGCUGCAGCAGAGGAUUUGGAUGACUCUUUGGGCCUUUAUAGACUACAUAUAAGGCAGUUGAUUGAAUGGGUGGCUAGUUCACAGCACGAGUGGACUAAAUACUCUGUGCAGCACCAGCAAUUUGAAACAAUUAUCACUCAGUCAGGUUCUGUGCUUGGAGAAUCACUUGAGGUAGUUUUUCCAGUUUUGAAAAACAGUCUUCAGCCCAGCAGAGAUCCUGAAAUGCGUCUAAAACUCUUCUCUGUGUUAUCAAAAUUGCUACUGAACGCCAAUGAAACUCUGAAUUCUCAAGGGCAGUUCAGUAGCUACCUGGAGACGCUUGUAAGAGAUAUUCUGGUGCCUAAUCUGCUGUGGCACGCUGGGAGGACAACAGCUGCGAUCCGCACAACUGCUGUAUCCUGUCUGUGGGCUCUGCUGCAUAGCAAGAUGAUUACGCUGGAACAGGCCCUUGGAUUGUAUGAAGACUUGAUGCCAAAAGUGAUUGCGGCCCUGGAUGAAGAUUCCAAAAUGACUCGAUUGCUGGCUUGUCGUGCCAUCAGCGCCAUCUUAAAAGUUUGUGGAAAUCGGGUGGAUCCUGACAAGCUAAAUAAAUUGUAUCCAGAGCUGUUAAAACGGUUGGAUGAUAGUUUGGAUGAAGUACGUAUAGUAGCUGCCAAAGCUUUGAGUGUUUGGUUCCAAUGUGUUGGGAAUGACUAUGACAGAUCACUCUUCAAGAGCCACAUUGAGUUCCUCUACCGUGGGCUUUUGAUUCAUCUGGAUGAUCCAGAGAGUGAGAUCCAAAAAGUAUUUCUCGAUGUUCUAAAAGUGGGGAGUUUUCUUUCUCCUGCAUUGCUGACACAAGAGAUCGAGGCUGUGAAGCAUAAACACCGCAGCCCUUAUUACUGUGAGCAGCUGCUGCAGCACGUUCAGGAGCUCAGCGGGGACGCCAGCUAAGUGUGGAGCCUGAUGUUUCAGUUGAAGAUGCGAUGCAGAUGUCAGGAAUUGAAUCACCGAGGAAAACGUGCACAUGGUAUUUAUAGAAUACAGAUGAAAGUGACAAAAUGUGGACAUGACAUUUAAUGGUAGAUGUUUUGAUACCAAAAUACCGACUAUGGGGUUGUGUUGACGGGCAUCUGAAGUUACCUGCCUGAAGUUAGCAUUGCCUUAUAAUUCUUCAUCUUGUAUUCAUUUUAAGAGACACAGUCAUGAGAUGGGACAUGGUUACAUUAAGUCAGCAGUACUUUCCUAAACUUCAAAUGAUUUGGAAGUUGUUCAAACUUCUGUGGUCUGAGAUGAAGGCAUUUGAGAGGAUACUUGAAGAGGAAUGUGCUGUUUGCAUCCCUCUUGAUUGGCAUUGGGGUCCUGGGCAUUGAAGUGGUGGAAAGUAAUGUUCUGUAAAGAGCACAGAAGGGUUUUGAUGUUGUUCCCGCAUGCACUCCUUCUCCUGAAGGUGUCAAGUGUUUGCAACACUUGCGGAGUUUAUUACUGAUGCCCUUUCAUUUGUUUUCCCCAGUUCUAAAUCUGGUGUCUUUUUUUAAUCUGUGCUGUGUGGCUCAAGAGGAAGGAAAGAAACGUUAAUAUAGUCUUCUGCCUUUUUGGUUCUAAGGAAUGUUGUCAUGUCUUUUGAUUUUUAUAUCUGUGUUUAGAAGGAUAUUUUUAUUUUUCUUUAAUUUGUAUUUCUCCUGUGCAGUUAUAAUUUUAAUGUCAGAUUUAUUCCUGCACCCCAUCUAUCAGUCCCUAAACUAUAGGAUUCAUGAAUAGAUUUAUUUACUAUUUUUGUGAAUUUUACUACUAUAUUGUUACUGGUUUGGUAAUUUAAUACUUUUGCAUUUGAACAAUACUAUAUAGUGCCCGAUGUUUAUUUUUGCACAGACUUUUACAUUAACAACUCUUCCGAUAUCUUUAGAAUAUACAAAAAGUCUUUGAAGAUUUCAACCAAGGCACUGGUGUUUUGAGUGUAUGCUUGUCAAUAAAAAAAAUAAAAUUACAUUUGCUGUAAA